AUGGUUUCCCGUCAGCUACGCGGCUGCGCUGGUGAAGGAUUGCCGACUCUUGCAUGCAGCCAGAGACGUGCACAUGAACCGCGUGCCCCAAGAAGUGUUGCCCUAUGCCUCGCAAAAAGGCGAGUCGUGGAAUGCAUAUCCGUGCUGUCUCAGGCUAUGGCACCGCACCUGGGGCCUGCACUGGCCGUGUCUGCAGGAUACCAGCACACUUGCGCGUUGAAUGCCGUCGGGCAGCUUGUAUGCUUCGGACGAAACGAAGAAGGCCAGUGCGAUGUGCCAGCAGAUUUGGGACCUGUUGUGGCAGUGUCUGCAGGCUAUCAUCACACCUGCGUCAUAACGACGGAUGGACAACUGCGUUGCUUCGGAGCCAACAAAGAGUACGUCCAGAACAUCAAGCCUGGGCAAGUCGUGAACCUGCAACAAAACAGCCAUGGGCUGUGCGAUGUGCCAGCCAUGCUUGGACAAGCUCUAGCUGUUGCUGUGGAUUUCUCUCACACCUGUGCAGUGAGGGUGGAUGGACGAUUGGUUUGCUUUGGUCAUCCUAACGAGGGCAAGUGCGAUGUGCCGGAAGGCACCGGGCCAGUAAUAGCGGUUGCUGCCGGAGCUCACCACAGCUGUGCAGUGCAGAUAGACGGCCAGCUGCUUUGUUUCGGACGCGGAAACGAGGGCCAGUGCCGCGUCCCAGCAGGUCUGGGCCCUGUGUUGGCUGUAUCAGCCGGCGAAGAUCACACCUGCGCAGUGAAGGCAGACGGGCAGCUGGUUUGCUUCGGCGAAAGGAGCGAGGGCCAGUGCGCAGUGCCUGCAGACUUGGGUCCCGUUUUGGCAGUGUCUGCAGGAUAUCACUACACCUGUGCAAUCACGGCCGACAGACGGCUGGUGUGCUUCGGAUUGAACAAGGACGGCCAAUGCGACGUUCCAGAGACCCUUGGCCCUGUUUCAGCCGUAUCUGCCGGACUACAUCAUACCUGUGUGAUAACAGCCGAUGGAGACUUGGUCUGUUUCGGCAGAAACAGAUGGGGUCAGUGCGACGUCCCCGAGCAGGUACGGUGA